AUGAAUCCCUUUGUUACUGAUACCUUAUCAAUGGCAUAGAUCAAAUCCAUCAACUCCAGAACCAUUAAAAUAGACAAUGCAACCGAUGUACCUAAAAAUAUAAAAUCCCUCCAACAAAUAUAAAAUUCACAUGGCAUAUACAUACUAUAUGCAACAUCUUAAGAAGCCCAAGAAGCAUAACAGCAGUUGAACACUCAAAAAUUUCAUGCCACCCUAGUCAAUGAAGUCGAGUAGGAAGUCUACACUAUUAGUGUACUUAACAUUCCUCACACAACCAAUCAAUAAUUGCAAUAAGCCUUUUCAAUAUUUGGCGAUAUUGCUUACAUCACUAUAUUGAAGGAUGAUGACGGUGAAUCAAAAGGAGUCGGCUACGUGACCUUUCAAAAUAAAGAGUCAUAUGAUAAAGCCAUCAUUGCCAAGACUUUGAUUUUCGAGGAAAACAUUUUAACAAUAUUAUAGAAAUAGCCCAUUCAUGUCAUGGAAAAUAGAUUCAAACAAAUGAAAAUUAGAAAACAGUAACUCGAUAAGAAAAAGCUUAAGCACAAUAAAAUAGAAAAUGUCUAAAUAUCACAAGUUGAAGUUAAUUUAGACUUAGAAUUAAAGAAUGAAAUGAGAACAAGUGGAAGAAUUAUCAGAAAGAAAAUCAGAAAGAUUAAAUCCAAAGUUGGGGAUGAUGAUUUCGCUUUAGUCGCAAAAAUGAAAUAAUUUAAGAAAGGAAUAUAAAAGAAAUAAGAUUAAUUCUUUAGAAUUCCAUCUUAAUUAAAAGCUAAAAGAGAAUAAAGAAAGUUAAAGAUGGAAUAAAAUAAAAAGAAGGCAAAUAAAUUACAUAAAAAAUGAUGUUUAUAAAAUAUUUAAGAAAUCUUUAUUAAUUAGUUUUA